GCGAGCGGGCGGGCGGCGGCCACCCGGCUCCCAGCGCGGCCCAUGUCGUCUGCUGCGUCGCCCCCUUGGCCGCAAAGGAUGAAGAAGGACGAGUCGUUCCUGGGCAAGCUGGGAGGCACGCUGGCCAGGAAAAAGAGGGCCAAAGAGGUGAGUGACCUUCAGGAAGAAGGCAAAAAUGCCAUCAACUCAUCACUGUCCCCUGCCUUGGUGGAUAUUCACCCUGAAGACACCCUGCUAGAGGAGAAUGAGGAGCGUACGAUGAUUGACCCCACCUCCAAGGAAGAUCCCAAGUUCAAGGAGCUAGUCAAGGUCCUCAUCGACUGGGUCAACGACGUCCUGGUGGAGGAGAGGAUCAUUGUGAAGCAGCUGGAGGAGGACCUCUAUGACGGCCAGGUGCUGCAGAAACUCUUGGAGAAACUAGCGGACCGCAAGCUGAAUGUGGCCGAGGUGACACAGUCGGAAAUCGGGCAGAAGCAGAAGCUACAGACGGUGCUAGAGGCCGUGCAUGAACUGCUGCGGCCCCACGGCUGGGCGCUCCGCUGGAAUGUUGACGCCAUUCAUGGUAAGAACCUGGUGGCCAUCCUCCACCUCCUCGUCUCUCUGGCCAUGCACUUCCGGGCCCCGAUCCGGCUUCCGGAACAUGUCUCCGUGCAGGUGGUGGUCGUGCGGAAACGGGAAGGCCUCCUGCAUUCCAACCACAUCACGGAGGAGCUGACCACGACCUCAGAGAUGAUGAUGGGCAGGUUCGAGCGGGACGCCUUUGACACCCUCUUUGACCACGCCCCGGACAAGCUCAGCCUGGUGAAGAAGUCUCUCAUCACGUUUGUCAACAAGCACCUCAACAAGCUGAAUUUGGAAGUGACGGAGCUAGAAAGCCAGUUUGCAGAUGGCGUGUACCUGGUCCUGCUCAUGGGCCUUCUGGAAAACUACUUUGUCCCUCUCCACAACUUCUACUUAACCCCAGACAGCUUUGACCAGAAGGUCCACAACGUGGCGUUCGCCUUUGAGCUGAUGCUGGAGGGGGGACUCAAGAAACCCAAGGCUCGCCCUGAAGAUGUGGUGAACCUGGACCUCAAGUCCACGUUGAGGGUCCUGUACAACCUGUUCACCAAGUACAAGAACAUGGAGUGACGGCAGAGACGUUGCAGGGACAGUUUCCGGCAAGAAGAGGAUGUCUGUGCCCCGUGCUUCCCACGGAGGUGCCUGUGGCUUCCCACUGCCCUUCUCACUGGUUGUCCCUUACUCCUUGCCAUGUGUCUUCUCAGUGGGGAGGAGCCUUUGAACACGGAGGGUUUUAAGAA